AAUAAUUAUAGAAUGGAUAAAAAAUUUUUUUAGCAACAAAUAUUAAAUAAAUUCAUUAUUUCAAUUAAAAGAUGGUAUAUAUAUUUUAAAACAAAAAUCCAAAACAAAUAAAAUUAAAAAAAAAGGAAUAAUAUUAUGUGAAUUAGUUUAUGAAUUGAUUUUAGCAAAGAAAAAUCCUCAAUAUACUUAAUAAAUAAUUCGAAAUCCUUUAUUAUCUAAUUAAAAAAUUCAAAACAUCCAACAUGCACUUUCCCAAAUUCCAAAUCUCCAACUUGGUCCUUAAGAAGUUUACGAAAACCCCCAAUAUCUUCUUUAUGUAUUCGAAUAUUUAUACAAACUUGACAAAUCAUAACAAAAGCCCCUCUAAAGUAUAUAUAAGAAACCACCAUUACCUACAAGUGCGACUACUACGUCAAAAAAUUCAAAAAUUUUUGAAAACUAAAAAACUUUAUCUCCUUAAUUUGGCCAAAAAGAAGAAGACUAUGAUAAUGAUUUUUAAGAACCUCCAGAAGAAUACAUUUAAUAUAAUUAUAUUCCAAAAACAGAAUAACACCAAGAACUUUACGAUGAAUAAAAAAUAUAAUAAGAAGAUUAAAAUUAUUAAGAAGAAUAAGAAGAAAUAAUUCCGCAUUUAUAUUCAAUUAAAUAGCCUAUAUAUAAAGAAGAAAUAAAACCCUAAACAUUAGACUCUAAGCCUUAAAAAGAGCCUAAAAAAAUCCAUGAAAUGCCAUAGUUUUGGAAUAAAUAUAAUUAGCAAAACUACCAAGAAAUCAAAGAAAUAUUAAGCAAUAAAUUUAAUUUCGAGAACAAAUAAAAUCUUCAACAUUUUGACUCUUAUAAUUGCUCUCCUUAAAUAAAAAAUAGUUUUUUAAUAGAAAAAUUUAGCUAAAAUAAAAUAAACUCAGAAAAAAAAUUAAAAUAAGCUUAGAAAUUCAUAGAUGAGGAUUUAAACUAAAAAAAAAUUAAUUUAAAAUAAAUUCUAAAGGAAAAAAAAACCCAAAGUGUAAUACUUAAUACAUGUGAAAUACCAGAAAUAAAAAUUAAAAUUAAAGAAAAAAUACUUUCUUGGUUAUAUGAAAUUAAGCUUUUAAAAAAAGUAUCAUAUUUAGAAGAAAAAUUACCCAAAAUUUGCAAAGAUGGUAUUUUAUUUGCUGAUAUAAUUAAUAUAAUAGAAAGUAAACAUAAUCUUCUAAAGGGGAUAACAAAAUUACAUAAUAAUAUUUAAUUAUUUUAAGCAAUUUGAUAAAUUCAAUCCUCGCUUUUUUAAUAAAGAAAAGGAAAUCUAAAACAAUGAAAAUAUAUUCUGGGGAUUUUUAAGCGAUAUAUACUACUUCUAUCAUAAUAAAAUAUCCCCUGAAGACUUUAGAUAUUAAAAAAACACCCUCAUAACCCUUAAUUAUGACAAAACUUCCUUCAGAAAACCCAAAAACUCCAUAAACUAUGAAGAUAUAGUCCAAUCUCUCUAAAACCAAAGUGAGAUUUUACCCAAAAAACAAAGCUAAAUAAACAGAUAUGGUGACGAAAAUGAAGAAAACUCUCUUUAUUAUCAAUAAUAAUACACAUCUUUAUCAAAUCAAUGUAUAAAUGAUAAACAAAAAGAAAAUUAUUCACCUUCUUAGUAUCGUGUAGUUAUAAACGACCAUAAAAAGAAUAAUAAUAUAUAAAAAGACAAUAAUGUAAAAGAAUCCCCAAAUAAAAUUCUCAUAAACAUAUAAGAAAUCCAAGAAUUCGAAAUUGAAAAUAUCAAAUAAUGGUUAAAAAAUUUAGGUUUUAGUUAAUAUUUAAGAAAAAGUGAAAAAUACACUCAUGAUUUUUCCGAAAAUUCGAUAAUAGAAGAUCCUAUAAGAAAUGGAACUUUAAUAUGUCUUCUUCUUUCUAGAAUAGAAAUGUGUAAAAUAGAUUAAAUGCAUCGAAAGCCUACUUCUGUUUUAGAAUGCUAUAAAAACUUUGAACUUGCUUAUAAAAAUAUUCGCACAAGGAAGGUCUGUGUAUAAAUAAGCCUUUUAUGGAGAUAAAGGGAAAUUUUUUAGGGGAAUUAUAACCUUUUUUGGCUCGUUAUUAAAGGUUUGAUGCUUUCUACAAAUAAUGGAGUAAGUCUUUUAUAAGAAAGUUCCUAUAUAUAGAAUUUUAGUUCACAUAAAGUUUCAUAAGGAAUUCACGCAGUGCUAAACCAGAGUUAUUACAAUAGCAUAAAUGUAAAUAACUUGAACUUUUCAAGAAAUUAAUAAUUAGAAAUAAUGCAGUUUGUAAAUAAUUAGGGACUUUUAGAAGAAUUCGGAAUUAAUUUUUAAGAUUUUUAUAGUUUUAUAAAUGUUUGUAAAUAAGGGGCAAUUUUAUGUUUUAUUUUAUAAAAUUCCUUAAAGACAAAAAUUUUGGGGAUUAAUAAGAGACCGUAAACUAAUGCUGCCGUAGUAUCAAAUGUAAGAAGUUUUUUGGAAACUUUUCGAAGUAAAAAUGGUAUUUUGCCAAAUAUAUAUUAAAUAAGAGAAAAUUAAAUUAUAGAUGGUAAUGAAAAUGUUAUUUUAUAUUUAAUAGAUUCAAUUAUGAAAGUAACGAAUUAAAACUAAUAGAAUAAUUAAGAAAUACUGGAAAAUAAUAUUUAAAAUGAAACAUUAGAAAAAAGUAAAAGUUUUUAAAGAUAUAAUUCAAAUAAUAAUAAUAUUAAUAAUAAUAAUAAUAAUAAUAAUAAUAAUAAUAAUAAUAAUAUUAAUCGGGAUAACAGUAUAUGUGUAAAUAAAAUUAAUAUUGAUGAACCCUAUAGUAUUAUUCAUAAUAAAUCACUUCAGAAUUCUUUAACUUAACCUCUUAAUAUUAAAGAAUAAAAUUCAAAUUAGCAUUAAAAUAAUUCAUUUUAAAAUUUAACUAAUAAUUAUGAUUAGAAUUAAGGCGAGAAUGAUUCUGAAAUUAUAAAAAAAUGGUUAUAAAAAAUUGGAUUUAAAAAUUUAUGUUUAUAUUUAGAUUUUUCAUAACCUUUUAUGAAUGAAUUUAAAGAUGGGUAAAACUAAAUAUUAUAAAAAAAACAUAUAAAAAAAAAUUAGUUUGAUAUUAUGUAGAAUUUUGGAAAAGUUAGAAUAAAAAAUAAUUAAUGGAUUAAAUUUAACCCCAAAAAAUAAAUCUUCUUGUAAAAUAAAUCAUUUAAAAUGUAUUGA